AUGAAGCUCUCCACAGCCAUUGCACUCGCUUUCUCCUCAGUUGUCUCUGCUAAGAACAUCCUCCUGACCAACGAUGACGGUUGGUUGGCAACAGGCAUCAGGGCUGCGUAUAGAGAGCUCAGCGCUGCAGGCCACAACGUCUAUCUCGUUGCACCAGCUGAGCAGAGAUCCGGUUACGGUGGUACGUUCAGGUAUAACAAGGGCAAGACACUGGAAGCAAACGAUGAGUUCAACUAUAAGAAGCAAGGUGAUCCAGCGUGGGGACACGAGGACUCUGACGAUCACAUUUGGUAUUUCGAUGCCACCCCUGCCGCUUGCGUUGCCUUUGCCUUUGACUACCUUCUGCCAACACACUUUGCCGGUGUUGAGAUCGACCUUGUCGUUUCAGGCCCUAACCAAGGUACAAACCCAGAGACUUUCUUCACCUUGUCAAGUACCAUUGGUGCAACUUAUAACGCUGUGUAUAGAGGUUAUCCGGCCGUCGCUUUCUCCGGCUCUGAUCCCAUCAACACUUUCUACAAGCACACUCUGAACACCCUUGCCAACGAUCCUCAAAACAUCUACGCAAAGAAGAUUGUCGAGCUCGUUGACACGCUCUUCGCUAACCAGAAGGAGGACGAGAGACUGUUGCCGUUGGGCACGGGUCUCAACGUCAACUUCCCACUCGUCGGCUUCGAAUCCGUUGUGGGCUGUGACGAUCCAAAGUACACCUUCACCAGGCUUACGGGCCCAACAGCCAUAGCCCUGGCACUCAAGUACAGCGACCUCACACACACCUUCUUGCCCUCCAUCACCACGGCACCGGGAGCAAACGUCUACUACAACGGUGACUCCUCUUUGCCUUCCGAAGGCGAGGUCUUGGCCAUCCAUCUGUGCAACGCACCGGUCUCUGUGUUCUCUGUCGACUACACUGCCGCAACAGCACCACAGGAGGAAGUCAAGGGCAAGCUCUCGAGUAUUCUGCACGGCCUAGAUGAGUAA